AUGGCCCCAUCGACCACCAUGUCAGCCGGGACUGCUUUGAAGACCGAAGAUCUCUCUCCGCGCUCGGUGCUCGUCAACAGAGGCGACAUGCAGACCAGCCUGGGCCCCGGGGAGGACACCGGGAAGCCCAAAGUGGCGAUCCUGCCGUUCAGCGUGGAGGCUCUGAUGGCUGACAGGAAGCCCAGCAGAGAGGUGCCAUCCCCGGACGCGGCCGGGUCGUCGCAAGCCGUGGGGAAAGGAGCGCGCGUGGGCUCUUACGGUAGUCUGGAUACUGCAGUUCCCGGGCUACAGAUGAGUUCUUCCUUUUCGGUGGGAGACAUCAUGAACAUGCCGGAGGACGUGCUGAUUAAACCCGAGAGCCCCGGCUGUAAAGAGAGGACUUCGUGGAUACAGAGUCCUCGUUUUUCUCCCACACCUCCGAGAAGACUGAGUCCCCCCGCGUGCCCACUGCGCAAACACAAGACGAACAGAAAGCCCCGGACCCCCUUCACCACGUCCCAGCUGCUGGCCCUGGAGAGAAAGUUCCGCCAGAAGCAGUACCUUUCCAUCGCCGAGCGCGCAGAGUUCUCCAGUUCCCUCAACUUGACGGAGACCCAGGUUAAAAUCUGGUUUCAGAACAGGAGAGCCAAAGCCAAGCGCCUGCAAGAGGCAGAACUGGAAAAACUGAAAAUGGCAGCGAAGCCCAUGCUGCCGCCAGCCUUCGGGAUUUCCUUUCCUCUCGGCGCUCACGUCCCCGCGUCCUACGCCGGUUCGCAUCCGUUCCAGAGGCACUCGCUGCCGGUUUCUCCCGUCGGACUGUACGCCGCUCAUGUCGGAUACAGUAUGUACCACCUUGCUUGAUGCAGGGCCGGAGGACGAGGGGCAUCGCGCAGUGGGAAACAAGGGGGUAAGACUACUUUAUGAGCGGGGGCUCCAGAGAGAAAGCAGGGCCCUGGGUCUGGCGAGGCGACACUGUACAAGUUAAGAAUCAUCCUGGUGGUGAGGUCAGUGUCAGAGCUGGACAGGGGGGUCAAAACCUCCAAACAGGCCCGCUUCAGAGGACCUUUGAAGUUAAUCCACUUCUCUUGACCUCUCCAGUAAGUUCACACACCGCAGAAACAAUCCAGCUCAGAAUCACAUCAUCUGGAGACUUAAAUCAGUUUUUAAAUAGAAAAAAAAAAACAUGAAAAUUUAAGAUUUCAUUUUGGGAAAAAAUAAAUAAGUUGAGUGUGACACUAAAUGACUUUA